AUGGCAGCUGACGGCCUCGACGCCUCUUCCCGGGUCAUCCUCAAAGGAUCCGGUAACUGGGACGUGUGGAUCAGUGUAAUCCGCAAGUUCGCCAAGAACCAGCAAGUCUGGGACUACAUCAACCCCGAUGUUGUACAGAAGCCGAGUUUGACCCCACCAGUCGAACCGACUCCGGGACAAGUCCAGGAGAACGCCGCUGAGAUACAACAAUUGCAGGGUGACAGCCUUAGCAAAUUCCAAAUCCUUGAGGCACGGCAUCGAAGCCAACUUCAGAUCUACAAGGACAAGGCAAAAGCUUUGGCAACGCUACAAGAGUACAUUGUCAAAACCGUUGGCAAGUACUACGACAUCAUCGCAAAAGAAGAUGAUACCGCAAAGGAACUCACAAUCCUAAGGAACCGCGUCAAACCAACUGACUGGGCACGGGAGAGUGAAGUCACGGAUCGAUAUUACGCUACACUCAAGGAAGUCAGCAGAACAAAGGUCGAAACAUGGAUCUCGAAAUGGCAAGUCACAUUGAAUGAAGCCAAGAAUCUUGAUCUACCCGAUGUAAGAGGCCUGCGACCGACUCGACAUUUCCUUAAGGCAGUAAAUGCAGUUGACCCAACAUUCUCAAAAGUCUGGAUCAAUCAGAUGGAAGCAAAUGCCCUAUCCCACGAGGAUGACCCCUAUCCCACGAGGAUGACGAGUGGCAAAAGACGUUCCCUGAUGGAAUCAAGAUCAGUGAAAUUUUUGAACGGUCAUAUCGAUCAACUGCGCAAAGCGCAAGCAUCACAGAACCCAGGGGGAAAGCCAAUUUGCCUCUGCGGUCGCAGGCAUUUCUACUCGGAGUGCGACUACCUUUCUGACUCGGUACGACCAGCUGGAUGGUCUCCGGACAAUAACGUCCAGGAAGAAAUCGAUCAGAAGCUCCAAGACCCUACAAUCAAGGGCAAAGUCGAACGGUCCAUCAGGAACCGGAAGAAGAGAGAGGAACAGUCAAAGCAGCAGAAUGAAUCGGAAGUCAAAGGCACCGCCUUUGCGGGAGCUGGAGCUGUAGCCAAAGCCCAGCCCGAGGAUACGCAGCCAACGCAGGAGCUAUCCGACGGACAGACUCAAUCCAUGUUCUCAACUGCAGCUGUCUAUCCACUUCGCGAUUCCUUUAUCCUGGACUCUGGAUCUGACUUUCAUAUAUGCAAUAACUCCAAACGCUUCGUUGAAGGAUCAUACAAGGUUUGCGACACUACCGAAACCGCUUACUCUGGAGACACACACCUGAAAAUCCUUGGAUAUGGUGAUGUGAUCAUCCGGAUUGGCAAAACGGACAAGUUCAGGCUCCAAAAUGUAGCCUACGUUCCAAGAUUCCACACAAACGUUGCGUCCCUGGAUCUCUUCCUCCAGAGAGGAUACAACUGGAACCCAGCAACGAGCGCCGUCUCAAGAGACGGAAAGACGAUCUUUCGCACAGAGAGGCGAUAUCGCCAGCCUGUCAUUGAAUUUAACCAAGUCGAUUACGAAUCGCACAUGCCAUUGGCAACCGCUUUCACCUCAUCCACGCAGCCGAGACCCGAGUCCGCUGCAGAAGCCACUCAAUGGCACCAACGCCUAGGUCAUCUUGGGUCUGAAGCCCCUGAGCGCCUAGUUCAACAAACAACCGGAGCCAAAAUAAAAGGCCCGCUCAAGAUCGAGUGCAAGGACUGCGCCGUCGCCAAGGCAAAACGCAUUGUCUCGCGACGAAGCCCGCGGACAAAAGCACCACGACCAUUUUGGCGCAUUUACGUUGACAUCUUCGCCAUGAGCGACGGAUACAAGGGAAUGAAACACGCCGUGCUGAUCCGAGAUGAAUACACAUCCAUGAUCUACAUCUACCUCUUGAGAGAUGCAACCACUGAAAGUGUCCUCGGAGUGUUAAAGGCCUUUGAAGCCUACAUUCGACGACAGUUCGACACAUCGAUCUGCGUUAUCCAUCGAGAUAAUGACAGAGCACUUCAGUCAGAAUAUGUUGCAUGGGUCAGAUCCCAAGGGAUCGACGAUGAACCCACUGCACCUGACACGCCGGCACAAAACGGGCCUGCUGAACGAUCUGGCGGGGUAAUAGGCAGCCAGUCUCGCACAAUGCAGGUUGGUGCCAACUUUCCGGACGAACUGUGGCCUGAGACCUGGAAGACUGCGGUGUAUCUACACAACAGAUCGCCGCAGCAGGCAAACAACUGGAAAACGCCGUUUGAACGGCUGCACCAGUGGCUACAGGAGAACAAUCGUGAUACCGGAUACCUCCAGACACAGCCCGACAUUACUCACCUUAAGGCGUACGGAUGCCGCGCCUAUCCGCUGACCAGGGAAGCUCUGCAGGGCAAGCAGAAGAAAAGCCUGAAGAUCCAUCCACAUGCAGAGAUCGGAUACCUUGUUGGAUAUGACUCUACCAACAUCUUCAGGAUCUGGAUUCCAGAACGAAAAGAGGUUCGCCGAGUCCGAGACGUGACCUUUGACGAGACCCGUUUUUAUGAUCCAAGAGAUCACCCGCAGAAGCUUCACAUCGAGGAAGCAGAACUACAGCUUCAACUCCCUGCCCAUAUUGAAAGCGACCCAGAACCUGAGAAAUCCGAAGAGGCCAGGACAGAGGCACAUAGUGAGCCAAAAUCGCCACCUUUGAAGGAGGCAGAAAGCGAAGAUGAAACCCGAUCAACUAUUUGGGUUGGUGGCCAAGACCACUCCGACGAAGAAACGGACCAAGAGCUUGAAAGCUUCGACAGCCAAGCUACAAGCCAGACCGUUAGUCCAACACCUGAUGAGAGUCACAGAGACUCCUUCAGCCCGGAUCUUCAAGAUCAGGAUAAUCAAGAGAAUCGACAAGACCAUGAUAACGAACAUGAGAUCGAGAUCGAUGAUCAGUCACUAAGAGAAGCGGGAAACCCUCUAGCACGCAAAUCAUUGCGACAAAGGAAACCAAGUGAACGAGCUCGCGAAGCAGCAGCUGGUUCAUGUGCGGUUUACCGAAGUAGCUUUUUCAUCGGUCGCGAACAGAAACUGCACCGAUGA